AUGAUGGCGAUGCUUCACCACUGUUCCAUACCCCUCGCACGUGUGGUCGUGCGCCCUUCCCCUCGCACACGUGCCGCCAUCUCCUUCGCAACUUCUUCUUCCCCUAGUCCAAUUCCUCCGUCUCAGGUUCUCCUUGGCUUAUCCGAGAGCGACCUUCAAAAACUCGCCAUUGAUUUUGGUCAGCAAGGUUUUAGGGGGAAGCAACUCUAUCAUCUUAUAUACAAAAGAAAAGUUAGAGAUAUUCAGGAAUUCGUUCAGGUGCCUUUGGCAUUUAGGAAUGAGCUUGAGGAAGCUGGAUGGAAGGUGGGAAGGUCUCCUAUUUUCAACAAGGUUGUUGCAACUGAUGGGACUAUUAAGCUGCUGUUAAAGUUGGAGGACAACAGAUUGAUUGAAACUGUUGGUAUUCCGGUUGAAGAUGAUAAGGGUUCAGUUCGCUUGACAGCGUGUGUUUCAUCACAGGUAGGUUGCCCUCUACGAUGCUCUUUUUGUGCAACUGGAAAAGGGGGCUUUUCAAGGAAUCUUCGGAGCCAUGAAAUUGUAGAGCAGGUCUUAGCCAUUGAGGAGGUUUUCAAGCGCAGGGUGUCAAAUGUAGUCUUUAUGGGAAUGGGUGAACCAAUGUUAAACCUGAAAGCAGUACUUGAAGCACACCAUUGCUUGAAUAAGGAUAUACAAAUUGGGCAAAGAAUGAUGACUAUCUCCACUGUGGGGGUUCCAAAUACAAUAAAGAAGCUAGCUUCUCACAAACUUCAAUCCACGUUAGCUGUGAGCCUACAUGCUCCUAACCAGAAACUAAGGGAGACAAUUGUUCCAAGUGCAAAGUCCUACCCAUUGGAUGCACUUAUGAAAGACUGCAAGGAAUACUUCCAGGAAACAAAUAGACGUGUUUCUUUUGAAUAUGCACUUUUAGCUGGAAUCAAUGACUCGGUAGACAAUGCAGUAGAACUUGCUAAACUACUACACGAAUAUGGCAGUGGUUAUCAUGUCAACCUGAUACCUUUUAAUCCAAUAGAAGGCUCUGAGUUUCGCCGUCCUUACAGGAAAGCAGUGCAAGCAUUUGUUAAUGCUUUGGAGUCAUCUAAAAUAACCACUAGUGUACGCCAAACCAGAGGACUGGACGCAAAUGCAGCUUGUGGUCAGCUACGUAACAAUUUCCAGAAAAAUCCUUUAGUCACAGACUCUGACAAUCUUGAAUCCCAGCUGCCAAAUAUGGAUCUUGCAGUUACAGGUUGA